UGGAAGAACCUGCCCGCCAACAUCCUUGUCCUCAAAAAAACAUUUAUCCUUAUCCUUUCAACCUAGUCCAACGUACAUCACUACCCUCUCAGCCAAAAAAAAAAAAAACAGAUCUCUAUCUACACACAUCUUCAUCUGCCUCGUCGAUUCAUAGGCCGGCCACGCUGAAUCCUUAUCAGCAGCACCUUGAUAGGGCGGGGGUGAACGAGAUGAGACUCAGUUAUUGUGCGACUACUAAGGGCUCUAGGUCCAACCUCCAGGCUGCCAUCAAGUCACCGCCAGCUCGUUCGUCUUCCCAGACCUCCAACCGAGUCCCUCUCCAAUCGGCCCUCAAGGCUAUCCAGUCUCAUCAACCUCUUCGCCCGAUCGAAUUGGCCUUCCAGGUCGGAGAUAUCUUCCAAGUUAAGGGCGAGUGUGUCGAGCCCGAUGGCUCUGUUUGGCUGGAUGUGAUGAGCCCAGUCAGUGGACUCAGAGGCAUCGUCCCCCUGCAAAAGUUUCGAAUUAUCAGUCUCCCAAAGCCAUCGGCCCAUGAGCACCCAAGCCAACCCCAGCUCAACCAGCAGUCCCAUCCAUCUCCCCAACAUACUUCAUCUGAUGAGAAGUUCCUUCACUCUCGUUCACUCCAGCGGAUCCGAAAACGUUUAUCCAGCCACUCCACCCUCAACCCACCCUUGAAAUCACCCCCAGCUACCAUCGCGGAGAAUGCUACUCCUGGCAGUGGCGGCCCUCCUGAAGCCUUCCCAUUCCCAUCUGUCGAUCAGUCUUCUCCCAAGCCGCCCCCGACGAGGAAUCGUCGAUCGUUAACCUUGUCGUCUGCUAAGCUUCCAGCUCCUCCGGGAUACAGUCCAAGCCCACGGAUGCGUUUUCUAUCUCAAUCCGGCCAAGCAAAUCCGCCCGCCUCCACGCAGAAGCCGCCUGUAGAGCUAAAUUCUCCAGUGCAGCUCACGAAGCCCUCUCAGCUUCUCUAUGGUGUCGUCAAGCACUCUUUCAACCCCGAAAGCGAUCAUGAACUGAAAGCCCAUGCCGGAGAGCCGAUCAUCAUCAAUGCUUAUAGCGAACUUGGGUGGUUCGUGUGCAAGCCGAUUAGUAGGCUAGGUGGCCCUGGUCUGCUCCCAGUCAGUCAUGUUCAAGUACGUGAUGUGACGACAGGAACGGAGCUAUCACCUGAAAAUCUCGAACAUUUCGCCCGUUCUUCUGGCUUGCCGCGUGUGAAUGAGUGGGAGGAGGCCACUGCCGCCUACCUCUGCCGAAGUAUUCCACUCGGUUCCUUUGAGAGCCCCGUGGUGCCGCCGCCGAAGGAAGUCCUUCCAACAGUCACUCUAUCGGAGCCGGCCAAGUCACUCUACACCGACCCAAAGAAACUCAUGGCGUCCUCCGAGCUCGUCCGCGAAUGGCAACGUCGCCAGAUGGAAGACACGCUCAUAAUCGAGCCGCAAGUUGAUCCCAGACAAUCGCUGUACGACCCAAUCGCUCCACGCAGCGCUAGCCAUGGCACCUUCGUUGUUGGGACCGCCGAAUCUUUGACUGAAGCUCAAGGUGAAUUCUGGUUCACCCUCAAAGUGAAGUUUGCCUAUCCGAACGAAUCGGAACUAUCGAUGAAAUCUCUAGUGGUUCACAGAUCCUACGAAGAGCUCUUGAAGUUUGAUCAGUCUCUACAGUCACGUCUGAGGAGCUUCUCAGCAACCAUCGCCGAAGAGUUUCAGAUGCCCUGGUUAAUGGAGCACGUCACUGCGAACAUGGUCGAUCAACAGUUUUGCUCUUAUCAGCUGGAUGAACUGAAUAGCUACUUGGGCCAACUGUCGCAAGCAUCCCUUGAGAUCCGCGAACUCGUGGAGGUCUACGAUUUUCUAGGCCCACGACAGAGUGAUUUGGAGCUGGAGGAAAACAUGAAGAGUCGGAUACACGAGGAGGCCAUCUUUCAGUACUUGGAUCAGAUGGCUCUCUCCUCAUCCAAGUAUGACCUCCACGACAAUCCGGCCAAAUCAAGCCCGAGCCCGUCCCAAUCAACCUUCGCCGAUCAAACCACUGCUUCUCCAGUCUUCGAUAACUUCAGCUUCCACCGCCACCAUUCCGACCCAUCCUCAGACUAUUUACCAUCCACCCCAUCCUCAACCAAGUUCAAAGCCUGUUCUUCUCCGCUCACCAAGAAUCCAGCCAGAAGCUACUAUAACUCUGAUGGCCAAAUCACAAAGAUGAAGAUUUGCCAUCUUCAAUCCAAUGACGUUAUCGCCAUCAAGGUCUCGAGUAGCAUCGCCUUGAAUGAUCUGACGACGAAGAUUCGGAGUCGGUACAAUGAAACACGUUCGUCUUCAGGACACUUUGGCGACGAUUACUUUGGCGACCGCACCGUUCGCUUGAAGUACCUCACUGUCGACUCGCUCGAUCAGAGUUGCAUAGAUUUUGACGAUUGCGAUUCUUCUGCCGAUGAAAGUGACGUGGUCCCGCCUCACUUGGGCCCAGGAACAUUUGUCAGGAUCACGAGUGAUGCUCAAUUGCGCAAAUGGAUCGACACCGAGAAAAAAUUGGUGUUGUAUAUCUGAACGCACUCCGCAUCGGCCCCCCCCACACACACACAAAAAAAAACAUUCCUACAAAAAACCCACCCCCACAGAAAAAAGUAACGUGAAUGGUCCGAAAUCGAGUAACAGUCCUAUCGCAUUACCAAGAAUACUCCACGAUUUUUGUACAUGUAUAUACGCUUAUUUAAACUCAACACUAUUCCCUUGAACCUAUCAUUCCCUUGUGCAAUUUGACUUUACUUCUUUCCUCUUCAUUCAUUGACCACUGUGAUGUUAUCUCUCAAGUCUCUCUCAGAACUUAUAGUCUUCCGAAAUCCUCACAUCCAAAACAGCUGUUGGGUUGUAGACUAAUCUCAUUCCUUGACUCUCAUCAGUCCGAGUAGUUCAGCAUUUACUGUUGUAUAUUGUGAUACAAUGAAAUAUUUUCUUUUUUUUUGAUCUGUUCAUUGUUUGUUUGAUAUUGAGAAAAAUAGUCAUAGUAAUUUAUCGCUCGUUUCGCA